AUGAAAAAGGCGGCGAGCAAAGUGCGCGACGAAAAACUGUUGGCCGCGGUGCGCGAUCGACCGGUGCUCUACGAUCAGUCAAUGCACGUGUUCAAGGACUACGGCGCCAAGAACGCCGCGUGGAAAGAAGUGGCUUCCGCCGUGGUCGGUUCUCAGGACAAACAGGCCGUCGAACGGUUGAAAGUCCGUUGGAAAACGCUACGGGACGGUUUCGUCAGGCAUUUGAAGAAGAAAAAGACGAUGGAGAUGUAUACUGCGGCGGCAGCCAUGCGCCCAUACAAGCUAGAAAAACAAAUUGCGUUCCUGUUGCCACACGUGUCCUUCCGUGACGAGGACGACAACGGCGGUAGCAACGACGACGAGGAUACUUCUUCACUGCUAAUGGCCACCGAUAUCAAGACCAACGAAUGUGAAUCAUCGGCGUACGAUCAACAGUCAGCCGCCGAAAUGCUUUACGAACAGUCCAACAUGGACAAGACGUGCAGCGAACACGAGGCCUUGGACCGGUCCAUACACUUUCUGUGCGACCAGCGGUACAAACAGGCGGCCGCCACAAAUUACAAAUUGGAAGAUAUGGACUCGGUGGACGCAUUCUUCCAUGCCAUGGCGCAAACAGUCAAACAGUUGAAACCUAUCACUGUGGCAAAGAUCAAAAGAGCAGUGUCAAUCAUUGUGUCAAAUGCAGAAAUCGAAGAGAUGGAAACUGUCCCGUGUGGAAGGUUUCCUAUGACCGUUCCUAUCACAAAUGAAUCUAAAAAGUAGAAUUUCAAGUGCUAUGUUAUGUUUGUAUAAAAAAUAAAAUUAUGUAUCAUACUAUUAUACAUAUUUAUACUAUAAGGAUUAGAUAUUAAACAUAAUAUUUUAGUAUAUAAUGUUCAAUGUUAAACUUAAUAAGAAUAAAAACAAUAAGAAAUACUACUUGUACUUGAGGAGAAUGCGAAUGCCGAAGAUAAUUUUGUUUUCAAAAUAGUGAGAAUAAGAUGUAGGUACCUAUUUUAUAAUUCUGUGUUAUCGCAUCUUAAUAUUAAUAUAUUUUUAAAAUUUCAAGUGUC